CCCGGCGGCUCCGCUGGGGGGCGCUGACGUCACCAGCUCUCAAUCAGACCUGGAGACAUGUGGCUGAGACUUUCUCAAAGCUACCGCUCCUCUUUAUUAUAUAUAUAUCAGCCUUAAACUAUCCUCCUCGCAGCUACCGCUCAGUCUGCAGCUCACUGCAGGAGUUAGGACUCUAAACACAUUCAACCAGGUGAGAACCAACCUGCAGAAACACUCACAGUGGUGAUCAGGACAGCCCAGGGUGGACAUGACUGGAGCUGGAAGUGGCGGCCAAGGCCCGCCCGAUGGGACGGAUGCUGAGGAGGCAGAGAGGUGUCCUAUCUGCCUGGGCGUCCUGGCCGGAGGCGAGCUCGCCAUGCCCGACAGCUGCUGUCACGUCUUCUGCCUCAGAUGUCUCCUCACAUGGGCAGAGUUGCAGAUGGCGCCUUCCUGCCCGGUGGACAGAAGACCUUUCACUAAUGUUUACAGAUGGGACGGGAAUCUCAGCUGUGUGCAGGUUCCUGUGAGGAAACGAGCGACUCCACCUGAAGCUGAGAGCUGCUGCUGUAGAAACCCCGAACAAAAAGUCUGUCUCAAAAGUAAGCCUGCAAGAAGACUGAGACGGCAAAAGGCGGAGAGGACGGCAGACGGCAAAACAAAAGGACUCGUGAGGAAAUGUAACGACGACGACCCCUCCUCACUGAGCAGAAAAAAGGUGAGAGGAACAGAGUGUUGCACUUGGUCACCGUCUCCCUGCGUCGCUUUAACGACAGCAUCGACUCAGGACAUUGCAGAGCCUGUGUGGGUGGCGGAGGACAUACCAUAUGACACCGGGUUCAAACACUGCAAACCCCAGGCGCAAGACUGUCCGUGGCUUUCUCCUGCUGCUCCCAUCCCUGCUAACGGCUCCUCAAGGUUUUACAGGCAGAACUUCCAUCCCGCUGGUUGGAACCACAGCCCAUUUCCAUCUCCCUUCACCUCCAGUUCACUGUUCGGCCCCGGCCAUUUCGUCUUUCAGGGUGUUGUCUGCGCCAUCACGUGUCCCAAAGGAGGAGAGAAGAGGGGCGGUCGAGCUUCAACCUCCAAAGCUCCCACCAAAGAGGCCAAGUCUUUACCAGCCAGACGAUCUGGACGCAACAGUAAAUCCCAGGAAGAGGCUCCCGCGCCAGACCCGUCAUCACCUCCGCAGUCCAGUUCGCCGGACUCCGAUUCGUCUACCGGCCAGCCCACCAAACCGAGCAGGGCUUCUCAGGUGCCGGCCAAGAGGAAGGGCAAACGGGUAACAAACCGAAAGGCCAGUGGGAAACGGAAAGCCCCGGCCAAGAAAAAAAAAUCUCCCGAAGUCGUCAGCAGCCCGGCGGCAAGCGAGGGAGAGGACGAGGGUGAUGGAUGUGACAAGAAGGAGGACGAAGAAGACAAAAGUGAUCAGGAACAGGAUGUGAACAACUCAAAGCAGCAGCAGCAGUCUGAUGCUGAAGGGAACCUCAACGAAGACCAGGACGGUUUCAACUCUGCUGAUGAGCAAGGAGACGCGAAACCCUUGCGUAACGAUGUGGGAGAGGACAGCGACGAGACUCAGGAACAAUCUAAUGAACACGAACUGAAACCAGACGAGGGGGACGGUGACAUGUCUUGUCCCUCGGACUCGGCUCCCAACAGUCCCGGUUCAUUCUCUGGUGGCGACCGGAGUAAGAGGGAGGAGGAAGAGCCAGCAAGUCCCGUUUCCCUUGGAGAAAAGGACUGUGAGGACAGGACUUCACCGACACCCUCUGACUUUGAGAACAGGACUUCACCAUCACCCUCUGACUCGGAGAAAAGGACUCCACCAUCACCCUCUGACUCGGAGAACAGGACUUCACCAUCACCCUCUGACUCGGAGAAAAGGACUUCACCGUCACCCUUUGACUUUGCGAAAGGGACUUCACCGUCACCCUCUGACUCCGAGAAAAGGACCUCACCAUCACCCUCUGACUCUGAUAAUGCUCUGCUGGACAACCUGAUGUCUCCACAAUGUGAUGAGCAGGCUGACGACAUGGACAUUUGUGCAGAGUCAGAAGAAGCCAACAAUGAAGAAUCUUCAAAAGAAAUGAUGGCUGGAUCAUGUGAGAAUUCUCCACAACCGUCCUCCCCGUCUGCUGGAGAUUCGGAGGAUAAUUCAGCUGUCCCGGAAUCAAAAGCCUCUGAGGACGCUGACAUGAAAACGGCUGGAUCAGAGCCUUCACUAGUUGACAGCUCUGCGGAGGGAACCAAGGAUGACGGUCCACCCAAGGAUGACGGCCCAUCCAAGGAUGACGGUCCACCAAAAGAUGACAGUCCAUCCAUGGAUGACACUAAAGUUGUCCCCAUGGACUGCAGUUCACCCAUGAGUGAGCACGGCAACAGUCCCAGUUUGGAACUACCGAAGGAGAGCGCUGCCUCAGCCGCUGCAGAACCUCCUGGUUCCGCAAGCCAAGCCGCCAAGGACGAGGGCGACAAGGACCAACAAGAGAGCGAAAAGAGCCAAGAGAGGAAGAAUGGCAAGCCGCGGCGCUCUCGCUUCCACUCCCCAACCCGUACUUGGUCACCCAAGAGGGAUUCCAAGCCAGAAUCAUCCAGGCGCUCGCGGUCUAGAGAACGUGACGGCAGCCCGCCCUCUAGCCGCUCGUCCCGAGCUCGCAGCAGAGAAAAGGACAGAGACCGGGACGGCGAGAGAGACCAUUCUAGGAGGGAGCGUAGUCGUGAGAGGAGGAGGAGGCGAUCCAGGAGUCGCUCUAGGUCCAAGUCCAGGUCUAGAUCAAGAUCCAGAACGAGAACCUACAGACGACCCAGCCCCGAACGGCCGUCCUCCAGAGAGCAGUCUCCCCCGAGGAAGGAGCGAAGAGGCGGCUGGAGGUCUGAGCAGGGCAGUGGGACCGGCGGUGAGGGACGGAGACAUCAAGGAGGCGCUGGGCGCUUUGAAAAUGGUGUGCCUACAGAAAGUUCCCCUGAACGCCAGAGCUGGUCUGAAAAUCCCGACUGGGUUACAGAAAAGACUCGUGGGGACGCUGACGUUAAGAACCGGGACGGCUUCAGCAGCGCCUUCAGAGAGCGGGGCCGCGGGGGCCGUGGAGAACGUGGCCGGGGCGCAGGGCGGGGUGGCGAUGGCGGCGGCCGUAGCUUCUACAACCAGCAGGGGGAAACGGGCGACAGCCGCUGGCCCAGAAACAACUUCUCAGGUACAGGCAACAAUUCAGGGAACGACGCGUACAGCCGCUUCAACGAAAACCGGGGCGGCGGUCGGAGGAAAGACUCAGAGCCAGGAGACCGGUCAGGCUGGUCAUCGGCAUCCAGCUGGGCCGUCAGGCGGUCGCUGCCCGCAGACGUUCAGGACUACUACUCCAAGAGGGAGAGAGGAGGAUCAGGAGGCUGGAACCGACAAGAGGAGGAGCAGCCGGGAACCGCAGCAGCAGAUCCCCCUAAGGGCGACGCUCCUCCCCAGGCAGUCCCGGGCAACGCUCCGGUGCCCGUGAUGCCUCCUCAGCUGAACGUUCUCCAGCAUCCCUACCCGAUGCAGGGCCAGCGAGGAGCCCUGCCGGUCAGCCUGCAGACCGCGGCGCCGUACGCCAUGCCUCCUCAGGGCCCCGUGCACCUCCACCCCGCCGUACCGCUGCUUCAGGGCCCCGCUGUUGGCACUCAGGGGCUCCCACCCCCUCCCCCGCCGCCUCCACCCAUGCAUCAAGGCGGCCAGACGGCAGCAGCUCAGCCUGAUGGCUACGCGACACAGAUGGCGAGUGCAAUGGGGGGUUAUGGGAAACCCGGCCUCCUUCCCACCCCAACCAAAGCUGGUUAUGCUUCGGCGACCCACGGCCAGUCUGCAUUCAGCCAGUUGCUCCCAUCCUCUACGACUCAGCCCGGCCAGCAUAACAGGGCUCAACCUGACAGCUCCAAAAAAGAAAAGAAACAACAGAUCCAGGAGAGAGCUGUCAAUGAAGUGAAGAACGCCAUCAAACCCUAUUACCAAAAGAAUGAAAUCACGAAGGACGAGUACAAGGAGAUUGUCCGCAAAGCUGUAGAGAAGGUGUGUCACAGCAAGAGCGGUGAGGUGAACUCCAGUAAGGUGGCCAACCUGGUGAAGGCCUACGUGGACAAAUACAAGCACGCCCGCAAGAAAUGAAACCCCCUCGCCCUGCUGCCGGCGUGGCGACGCCCUCACAGACCCGUUCAGCUGCUCAAGUGCAAUUUCCUCUAGCUGGAAUUUAGCCUCCAAACUGAAAGACAACGGAGAGCCAACCUUUUCCUUUUUUUGAUAUCUCUACCUUUUAUUGAAUGAUGAAGAUUUUUUUCUAUAGAUUUUCAUAUUUUGUUAGAAAAAAAAGAAUUACCCAAUCAGAAAUUGUAAUGCAAGAGCCCUUUAUUUUGCAUAGAUGACUUGGGGGAACUGCUGUAUUGAGCGCUGGGUAGCGUGGGUGGGAACGUGGGGGGGGUUCAUACUAAAGAUGCAACGCUCAGCGAACGACAUCAGCUCACGUAGUGGAGAGCCUCUUCCAGGGUGCCGGCUGGUACGAUGAAUUUCUCCCUAAAUGGCAUCCUGAUCGCAUAGCUUAUUAAUGAAUAAUGUCAAUGUUCUUUUUUUAAAUAUUCUAUAAUAUUUCAGAUGAAAGCCUAGUUUAAAAAACAGUGCAUUGCCUUUAUUAAUCUCUGUGGCCCAAUUAAGGGCUGGAAUCUGAUGAGUGUGAUUGUAAUCAGGGCCCUGAUUGGUUGAGGAAGUGGGAUGGCCAAUCAGCAGUGAGCUUGUAAUGUAAGGCACAGGUCCCGGGGGGGGGGCAGAGCGGAGCGGAUCAAAUGAAAUUAAUCCCACCCCCCCUCCUGAAUGUGUAUUAAAUAUGUCAAUGAGUGAACACGAUCUGUGCAAAGUAUCCAGAGAGUAGUGAAAUAAAUUAGCUGCUUCCUGA